CAUUGGAGAGUAUCCAUAUGGUUGCUCCCAUUUUUUUGGAUUUGAAUUCUGAUUCACUCGCAAUAUAAAAUCUAGGCCCAGGCCCAUACCACUAACAAGUCCUUCGCAAAGAAAUGAACCUCCCGCUCUUUUGACCCUCCCUCUCGUCAAUAAUUAAACCCUUAACCAGUCCUCCGCUCCCUCUCUCUCUCUCUCUCCAAAAACCCCUCACAAUACACACACUCUCUGUGCGCAAAUUCAAAUUCAAAUCACAAAAAAAAUGAGGGAAGAAGAAAUAGAGAAGCUGAGAGGUGUGGUUAGGGACUGCGUGAGCAAGCAUCUCUACUCAUCGGCGAUCUUUUUCGCCGAUAAAGUCGCUGCCUUCACGUCGGACCCCGCCGACAUCUACAUGCAGGCCCAAGCCCUCUUCCUCGGCCGCCACUACCGCCGCGCCUUCCACCUCCUCAAUGCUUCUCAGAUCGUCCUCCGCGAUCUCCGCUUCCGCUACCUCGCCGCCAAAUGUUUGGAGGAACUGAAGGAGUGGGAUCAAUGUCUAUUAAUGCUUGGUGAUGCUAAGGUGGAUGAACAUGGAAACAUCAAUGACACGAGGGAUUACAAUGUCAUGUAUUUGGACAAAGAUGCGGAAGAUCGUGAAAUUAAUAUUCUGUCAGCCAUAUGCUUUCUAAGAGGCAAGGCGUACGGAGCUUUGGAAAACCGUGCCCAGGCUCAGCAGUGGUACAAAGCUGCUAUUAAAGCUGAUCCUUUAUGUUAUGAGGCAUUGGAAUGUCUUAUUGAGAAUCACAUGCUUACAUGUGAGGAAGAGACAAGUCUACUUUCAUCACUGCAAUUCGCUCCUGAAGAUGGAUGGCUCUCUUCCUUCUAUUCAUGUUUGAUAAAGAAGUAUGAUAAAGAAAAUGUUGUAGAAGCCAAAUUCAAAGAACUCGAACAAGAAGCUUGUAAUAUUAAACCUUCGGAACAGUCUUUCAUUUGCACAUUGAAAAACAACACUGAUCUUUUGGCCUGCAAAGCUGAAUACAACCACCAGUGUGGCGAAUAUCAAAAAUGCUUUGAACUAACUUCAUUAUUGCUUGAAAAGGAUCCCUUCCAUCUGAAAUGUACCUUGGUGCAUUUAGCAGCUGCUAUGGAGCUUCGAAAUUCAAAUGAGCUCUAUCUUUUGGCAUGCAACUUAGUCAAGGACUAUCCUCAAAAGUCUCUGUCAUGGUUUGCUGUGGGUUGCUAUUAUUAUUGUAUCAAGAAGUAUGAUCAAUCACGCCGUUAUUUCAGCAAGGCUACGAGUCUAGAUGGAACAUUUGCGCCGGCAUGGAUAGGUUAUGGGAAUGCUUAUGCAGCUCAAGAAGAGGGUGACCAAGCAAUGUCAGCAUAUCGCACUAGUGCUCGUUUAUUUCCCGGGUAAUUUUUGAUAUUAUUCUGUAAGGCCCUUUCUUUAAUCUAAUAUUAUGUCUCUUUCAACAGUAGAAGCAUUGUGUAGAAAAAGUUUUUUGCUGAAUGUUAGUGAUCUUGAAUAGCUUUUACUUCAUGACUCAUAUUCUGUUGUCUGCCUAUUUUUUCCCCUGAAUUUUUUUUUUUUUUUUUUUGUUUGUUAGUAUUAUAAUUGAAAUAUGGCUAUAAGCAUAGCUCAUAUCCCCGGAAC